UAAAGUUUGUGUGGAGUAAAUUCCUAUUGUCUAUAACUUACGUCAAACGACAAAUGUCGCUUAUAUUUACAAAACAUAUUUAAAAAUACAUAAUCAUUGUGAAAUGAAGCAACAGCAGUAAUCGAUCUGGUUAAAUCGAGGGUUCCAUCACUGUGAUUGUGCGAUUUGUGAUUUAUUGUGGAACCUGCAGUAUAACCUCAAAAUUAACAAAUUAUACUUAAAUCUUGGUAAUUGUUGGAGAGAUGGCGUUGCAGCUAUCUAGACGGGAAGUAGACGACUUGCGCUCGUCGUUAGAUCGUGCGAUUUACCGGACAAUUGGAAAAUCUGAUAGUUCAUUAUUAUCAACAGUGGCGUCUUGCUUGACCAAUGGCUAUGAACGGAGGAAGAUCAUAGACAAAAUCUCAUCUCAUAUUGAUUCAAAGAAAGCCAAUAAGUUAGCAGAUAAAGUGCUGGCUUUGGCACAGGAACUAAUAUCCAAUCCUAAGACAUCAAAGAGAAAAUAUGAAUCAAGUGAUAAAGACAGGGAAUCUAAAAGGUCAAGGCAUGAUGAGAAAGAGAUCAAAGAAGAGAAGCGUGAGUCUAAGAGUGAGAAGGAAAGAGAAGAGAAAGACAAUGAGAUGUUAGUUGGUAAUGGAAUGGAGUUGCCAAUCAUUCUACCUGAAGGGGAGACGGUUGGAUCGAAGAUGGCAGGACUCAGUGCGGAUAAAAUUAAGUUGAUGAUGGCAAACGCGCAGAAGGAGAUAGAAGAGCGUAAGCGCGCCUUGUUAGCGAUGAAGGGUGAGCAGAGACCGAGUGUGAACGCGGCGGUGGCGGCCGCACAGCAGCUGAAGGUCCAAAUGCAGCAGAAUAAUGCGAUACCACCCCCGAGUGUUAUUAAACCUGUGUUGUAUUCCAGACCAUCUGUUGCCCAUUUGAGUCAAGAGGAGUUGGAGAAGCAGAGGAAGAUUGCUGAAUUACAAGCCAGGAUACAGAGGAAGUUGGCAGGCGGAGCCCUAGCGGCGGCAGGUAAUUCGGGGCCUGCGCCCCUUAUCUUGGACCGCGAGGGGCGCACCGUCGACACCAGCGGCAAGAGGGUGCAACUCACACACGUCGCUCCCACCCUUAAGGCAAAUAUCCGUGCGUUACGUCGCGAGGAGUUCAAAGCGCAGUUGUCCAGUGGCGCGGUGUCCAGCGUGCCAGCGGCCAGCGCGGCGUGGUACGACGAGCGCGUGGACAGCAAGCCAGCGGUGCGCACGCGGCGCGCCCUGCGCUUCAACGAGCCCGGCAAGUUCCGGCAACUCGCUGAACGACUGCGGAUGAAGGCUCAAUUAGAGAAAUUGCAAAACGAGAUAAGUCAGAUAGCUCGGAAAACAGGCAUAUCUUCAGCAACUAAGUUAGCUCUGCUCGCUGCUGAUACUCCUGAUAGCGACCGUCUGCCUGAUAUUGAAUGGUGGGAUAGUGUAAUCCUGAUGACUCCAGAAGAGAGAGAAGAGAAGAGAAAGAGAAGUGCUCCUACAGGGGACAGUAGAACGGACAUACAAAGAGUGGACGCUUGUAAUGUAGGUGAUGAUGAUAUUGUUGAAAAUUUAAAUGAAGACGCCAUCACCAAUCUUGUUGAACAUCCACAACAGUUGCGACCACCAAGUUACCGCACUGGAAUGGGACUUAAAAAAUCAAAAAUAGGUAGCCUAUGUGUUCUUCCAGUUCUCUACAUCUAUGACUCACAUCGAGUUCAGUUUAAGCUAUUAAUUCUAACAUCCAUCCAUCUAAAUUUCCCUUAUAAUGUUAGUAAUAUUGAUAUAUUGUUUAGGAUAUCAAAUUUAAUGCGUGCUUUGGGUACUGAGGCGGUGCAAGACCCGACCGCCAUCGAGGCGAAAGUUCGAGAACAAAUUGCCAAGCGUCAGAAAACCCAUCAAGAUGCAAAUAAAGCGAGAGCUCUUACUAAAGAACAGAAGAGAGAGAAGAUUGACAGGAAGAUAAGAGAAGAUACGUCGAUGGGAGUCCACGUGGCUGUCUAUAGAGUGAAGGAUUUAUUUGAAUGUGCGUCAGCUAAGUUCAAAGUGGAGGUGAACGCGAAGCAGCUGCACAUGACGGGCUGCGUGCUGCUGCACCGCGGCUGCUGCCUCGUCGUCGUAGAAGGAGGACCCAAACAGCACGAUAAGUAUAAGAGGCUGAUGCUGUCCCGCAUCAAGUGGGAAGAGGACGUGGUGAAGGAUACGGAUGGAGUGGAGGUACCCAACUCCUGCCAGCUGGUGUGGGAGGGAGUUACCAAGCACCGCGCCUUCGGGGAGAUUAAAUUCAAGGUGAUGCCGACAGAAAAACAGGCCAGAGAACAUUUCCAGAAACACGGGGUUGAACAUUAUUGGGACCUAGCUUAUAGCGGUGCGGUACUAGGUACUGCUGUCGACCAACCCUAGCUGACCCCUAUCCGCAACGAUAUAACUAGAAAACAGGGGUCCAAUUAACAAACGUAUAGACCAGUUUAAGUUGACCUCUGUAUGUAGCUUGUAUUGAACCAUGACUAGUUCUACACUAGAUUGGGCGAUGUGAAUUUAAACGUCAGUAUAGAUGUAUUAAGGAAUAUAUAUUUUUAAAG